UAUACACAUAUAUAAAUAGACUUAUACAUAAACAUACACAUACAUAAUAGUACACAAACAGGACGGAAUAAGGAGGAAGAUGAAGAGAGAAAACUGGAAAACAAUACUUAAAGAAGAAAUAGUAGGACUUGAUUAAAAUUAGCUUAACUAAAAUCUAGCGAGUAUUUAACCGCACUAAAUAGAAAUAAAAAACAGUUCCACAGGGGAACGGCCUGGAAUGUAAUAUAUUUAGAAUAAAAAAAAGAGGAAUGACCGGGAAUUUGAGGCUGAGGUUGCUAAUAUGAUGCGAAGUAUGACCUUAUAGGUAUAAUUUCGUCUCAUUAUCCUUUAAUAUUGACUAUACUAUACAACGUGGAGUAAAUUUUUAAAGUGACGUACUGGUAGUCUAUCAUAAAUAUUUAAUUAAUAUGUGUUUAAUUAUUUCUGUUUGAUAUAAAAAAAAAUUACUUUCUAAUGACGUGUCUGUUCAUAAUGUUCACAGUAUCACGAGAAGAAUCAAUUAAUCACAACCGUCUAUUCACGAUCGUUAUAUAUGUGUUCGAAUAUACAAAAAAAUAUAGAUUACCGAUUUUAUCUACUGUCAUUAAGGUAGAUAUUCGGAUAUGUACAUAAAUACGCACUUUUGGACUGUUAUAAAAGUAGGAUAUCUUUCGGCUCGUAUAGCAUUUUACAUAUUAGUUUCUACUAACAUGAAUAAAAAUUUUAAAUCUUCAAAAAUGUUGCGAAAUUCCAAUUUUCGUGGAUUCAAAAAUCGUUAUGAAAAAGAAAGACCAGCACCAACAAAAUUCCAAAUCUUCAAACAGAGUUUAAAAACAAUUGCUAAAGAGUAUUGCACAGAGUCGUCCAUUUGUGGCCUAAAACAUAUCGUUGAUGAUAAAACACCAUCUAUAGAAAGAGUCAUAUGGAUAAUUAUGUUGAUAGGUGCUUUAGUAUGUUCUAUAUCGCUAAUAUGGGAGACUUUCGAUAAGUACAAUAGAGCUCCGCUCGUGACCACGCAGAUGCCUGAAGGAAUACCAGUCAAUAGCAUCAUAUUUCCAGCGAUUGGGAUUUGUACUACGAAUAGAAUUAGCAAGCGAGCUGUCGACGCUCUGGCGAAAGAACUAUUAAAAGCUGAACGCAACAAGAAAUAUAAUGAACAAACAAUGUUAACAUUGCUAUACGGACUGGGUCAACUGUACGACUUGCAGCCUGUCAAUGAGAACAUUGUUUCAUCGAUGAGAUUACAUCUAGCUUUGGGUGAUUACGAUGUCCACGAACUCAUAAAAAAUUUAACACCUAGUUGCGAAGAUCUGUUAAUAAGAUGUGCUUGGAAUGACGAUCCGAAAAAUUGCUCAGAACUGUUUGACUUCCGACUCACUAUGAACGGCUAUUGCUGCACAUUCAACUACCUCAGACAAUCAGAUAGUGAGUUCGAAGACGUGAAUGGCACAGCACGUAGCAUUGAUAUGUACAAAUAUGGCAAUAAAUCUUCAUUUGACUUCGAUCAGGGGCUUAAAAUAUUAAUGCGUAUAAACGAAAAUGAUGACUUCUUCCGCAAUAUGCCGCUACAAGGAGCUCAAUUACAAUUCUCUGAUGCCUACGAUUUUCCAGAUGCACCGAGUGGUAGCUUUGGUAUGCAGAUAAUUCGGCCUAACGUACAGAUGACAGUAAUGGUAAUACCAACUUAUACUACGGCGUCCUCCGACAUUCGUCACGUUCCAGUAAGACUUCGAGGGUGUCUGUUUUACGAUGAAUCAUCAUAUUUACCGUUUUACACUCAUAGUGAUUGUAUGUUAAAAUGUCGCGUGCUCUUUCUGCUCUCGAAAUGUAACUGCAUUCCAUUUAAUAUGUUGAAAAUGGCGAACACGCGAACCUGUGAUUUGCGAGAUGUGGCUUGCUUGAGACGUUACUAUGCACAGUCAAUAACUAUACGACCUGAGAUUGAACCUCUACCACCAGAACUGGAAUUGGAGCUAGUUGAAGGCGGUAUAUCAUGCCCUAUGUGCUUUCCGACUUGUUCUAAAACUACGUACAACUACGAUUUUAUAAACGUAAACAUCUAUCCUGAAAAUCUCAACACAGCGCCUAACAGCGAAAGGGAUACGUGGCUACUAGGGGCCAACUUCACUGGAACAUCCAUUGUUCACGUAAAGUAUGCAAGGGAAACGGUGGACUUCUUCAGACAGAGUGUUAUCAUGAAGUGGUUUGAUCUAUUUAGUGACAUGGGUUCAACAUGUGGUUUCGUGACUGGUUUCAGCUUCGUGUCAGUCCUCGAGUUUCUUUAUUUUUUCGUCAUUAAGCUGAUAAGAGAAAUUAAUGCAACACGUAAACGGAAUCGUAUUGCAAACACAUUACAGACUAAUACACCUUACAUCGUAAAUUCAGAGUUUGAACCUAUAGGUAGGUAUCGAGCGAUAUAUUGGAAUGAAUUAACAGCAGUUACACAUGCACAUCAAAUGUAGAAUAAGUGGAUUCAAUAUUGUUCUAGAUACUGGUAUAAAGAAUUAUAUAUUAUAUAUAUAUGAGAUAUAUAUAUUUAUGAUUAUAAUUUUUAAGUUAUAAAUAAAAAGCUUAAAAUAAAAAGUAAUCUCGAGCUAUUUUACUAUAAUUUUGGCAUUUAUUUUACUAAAUAUUUUUUUACACUUACUAUAUAUAUUCAAUUCUUAAUAUUUUCAAUAUACUAACAGACUUUCAAACAUCUCUCUAAACUAUACAUAGGUACAUAUAGGUACAAUAUUGGCGGGGUACCAGGGAGAUAUGAUAGAUGAGGAUGAAACAAGUCAAUUUGACCCAUAGUAAGGAAUUCGUAAAGAAUUAAUCAAGAUAGUUCCAGGGAGAACCGCGUGGAGGACGACCUGCUAGGGUAUAUUGCUAGCAACGGAGCUGUUAGAUCUCUAAUAUUAACAAUCCUUUUCCCUCCUGUACAUAAAGGUUAGGUUAUUAUUAUCUUCUUGUAAUAUCUACAUAUGAUCCAUAAAAUUGUUGUUGAAAUAAAAUAAAUAUCACCAAAAUCAAACACUCGAAGGUUCUCACGGUGAUUACGAUCACUAUUAUAUCGGCUUUAGUUUAUUGUACAAAUAUUGCUAUUGUAACUUUAUGUACAGCACAUAAUUGUUGUCUCUUCAUAAAUAAUUUGUUGUUCACGAAACGCUAUUAUUAUCUAAUAAAAACGUUCGAAUC